AUGUCACUCAAGCAGAUCCAGUCUGUAAGUCGAAGGUACAACGUCUUUACGAGCAUUAGAGUACCUCGUAAGGAUGAGGUCGGUCUGGCGAAGCUGAGAGCUUCUAUUAAGGAUAAUUUUGCUACAAUUAGAGAGACCACUACUUGUGGAUCGAGAAUUCUCAAUGAUUACAUAUCUCCAUUCAAUUCCACAGUGGUUCGUCUUCUUGAACAAUCUGGUACAACAACAAUUGUGGGAAAGACCAACAUGGAUGAAUUUGGUAUGGGAAACUCCACUUUGAACUCUUUCUAUGGGCCUACUUUGAAUCCUUUGUAUGUACAGGAAGAAGACAUAGUUUCUGAGUACAAGGAGAAGAAAUUUUGGACUCCAAAGGCUAAAGCUGAUUCUAAAGUUAUCAAUAAGUCAGUAUUGUAUGAAAAACCCCAAGAUUCUGAGGGUUAUGAUGAGAACUCCUACUUGAAGCCUGUAAUGAAGCAAAAUUACACUAUUGACAAGCAGAUGAGAAUAAUAGGAGGCUCUUCAGGAGGUGCAGCAGCUUCUGUGGCGUUGGAUUUGGUUGAUUUUGCGAUAGGUUCGGAUACUGGAGGAUCGAUUCGUCUUCCUGCAUGUUAUACAUCGACGUUUGGAUUCAAGCCUUCGUACGGACGUAUAUCCAGGUGGGGGUUGAUCUCAUACGCUCAAUCGUUGGACACGGUUGGUAUUAUUUCCAAAAAGUUGCCUGUCAUAGAUAAAGUGUUUCGGAUGCUAGAUAGAUACGAUUCUGCAGACCCUACAUCGUUGGCAGAGAAUAAAAGAGUUCGAGAGGAAGGUAAUUGGUAUCCUGGUGGACGUAAAGUAAGAAUAGGGGUUCCCGUGGAGUUUCGAUUGGGAAAUAUGCGAGUUGAAAUCAAACAGGAGUUGGUUGAUCUCCUUACAAGGCUGAAGAGAAGUAAGCUUGUGGAGAUAUACCCUGUUUCUGUCCCUUCCAUCAAAUAUUCCUUACCCACCUACUACACAUUGGUGACCUCAGAAGCAUCUUCGAACUUGAGUCGAUUCGACGGUAUCAGAUACGGCUACAGAGCAGAUGAGUUCUCUGAAACAGAGCCUGAAUUUACAGUGACUAGAUCUAAAGGCUUUGGAGAAGAAGUGAAAAGAAGGAUCACCUUAGGUACAUUUUCACUAUCCUCCUACGGAUUUGAUAGCCACUUCAUGAAAGCCACCAAGCUUAGAUCGAUACUUAUCAAUGAAUUCAAUUCCAUCUUCAUAGACAAGCAUAUGUUGUUACCGGAGACUAGUGGAAAUAACAAAAAGGGUGUAGAUUUCAUUAUAUGUCCUACAUCUGUGGAUAAGCCUCCCUUGAUCUCAGACUAUUACAGUACUAGUCCUGUCGAGUCCUAUUUGAACGAUGUUAUGACUAUUCCGCCAUCGUUGGCAGGACUUCCGACGAUGAAUGUUCCUUGUGGGAAAUCGACAGGAUUCCAAUUGAUUGGACAGUUUGGAUGGGAUUACAAAGUAAUGAAAUUUAGUGAGGUAUUGGCAGAAGUUUGCCAGACUUGUAUAUAG